UGCCAAUUCUCGUAACGUUUAGUUGUCCUUCCUUUAUCAGCAAACAUCGAGUUUUACCCUCCUUUUUCCCUUUCGCCUCUCGCCCCAGUCUCUCUUUUUUUCUCUUACCGCGACGUAGAAAGGGGGGAAGGAGCCAAUUGUUUCUACCGACAUACAAACUGCUACACAGAUAUCGCGUGUUUAGGUCGCUUUGUCUUUUUUUUCUUCCUAUUCUUUCCCUUUUCCUUUCCGGCGGGCGGAAUAAUAUCGCGAUUGAUCGAUUGAUAGUCUCUAAAACGACAUUUACACAAAUUCAAGAUUUAUCUAUUGGAGGCCCAUUGCUUGGUUUUGGUGCCGGGUUUACUAUUCGUUAGCCAGGAUGGAACCGCAUAAUCAUCACCGUCGUUCCCGCGUUAUGCGCAGAGACCCCCAUCCGCACCAUAAUAAUAAUAAUAAGAGGAUCGACGUCGUUACCGAUGUUGUCUAUGUCACUGCGUCCGUUAGUGGGGGAAAGGUUGUUGGCUUCACCACCUUGGGUGAAGCUGUUCCAAAGACACCUAGUCCGACUCCCGUUGAGACCAAGGUUACAACUAUCAAGCCCGCGUCGUCUGAGAGACCGCGGCCGACUGCAAGCGAGACGCCUAACACUACCGAGGCUGCAAAGACCACUCAAUCGGUGGCGAGCUCGACCAGUGGUAUGGAUCCAUGGCUUUCUUCCGUCUUUGUCUGUCGCGAGGGAAAAUUGCUGAUAUCAUUGUGUAGAAUCCACCAAGGAGGCUAGCUCGAGUUCUACUUUUACGACGAGUACCUCCUCCGUAGCUUCCACUUCGCGGUCCACCUUGGCGUCAGCUUCGUCUUCUACUUCGGCUUCGAUUUCCACUUCCAUUUCGGCUUCGGCUUCGCCUUCUUUGUCCGCGUCCGAGACUUCCAUUGUUCCGAGUGCGUCCGGGACUGGGGAGCCUGCGUCGGGGGGAUUGUCGACUGGUGCAACCGUUGGGCUGUCAGCUGCUGGUGUUGGGGUUUUUUUGGUCCUCUGUUCCAUUCUCGUAUUCGUUUACCGCAGGAGAUCGCAGAAGAAGAUACAGGAGGCAUAUGGAAAACCUGAGGAUGAGAAGGCGGGUGGCGCUGCUGCGGGUGCUGUUUAUAUGAACAGCGACAACAACAUUUCGCGUGCCAAUACCAUCACUUCCGAGAAGGCGCCUAGAGUCCCAUCUCUUCGGCCCGUCACUCAGUUCUUGCCCAAUUUAACUGUUACUCCACCUGCUGCUGACCGCGCUUCCCGAUUGCAGCCGCAGGCGCGAGUCCAGCAGCAGGUUCCCACGGCUGCUGCAUCUCCUGUGGGUCUCGCGAGGUCUGAAUCGCGUAGAGCUCCUCCUCCUGCCUUGGUCCUCGUUAAGGGCGGGGUUUCGUCUGCUCCCGUUUCUGGUGCUACCACUGCCAACAGUGCUGCUCCUCUUCUUGCUAAGGCUCAGGCUUCUCCCACAGCUUCCUCUCCCUCUUCGUCGGUUGAGUAUACCGAUGGCGGUGACUCUUCUGCCGGGACCCCUGUCACUGGCGGACCGGUUGGUGCUGCUAAUGUUUCACCCGUGCAUCGUGUUCAAAUGGACUUUAAGCCUUCCAUGGAAGACGAACUUGGGCUCCGUAUUGGUGGGCUCGUUCGUAUGCUGUACGAGUAUGAUGAUGGAUGGGUACGUUUGAUAUCCCUCGGUAUGGUAUCGCUUUUGUAUUGAUGGCUGACUCUUUGCAGGCUCUCUGUAUCCGCCUCGACCGUUCGCAACAAGGUGUCUGUCCUCGUACCUGUCUAUCCCAGAGACCUGUGAAGCCACGUCUCCAACCAUCUCAGGGACCUCCCGGUGCUCGUCCGCCUCACCGCCCGGGCCAUGCUCACGGCCGCCCUCAGAGCCCGAUGGGAAAUCGUGGCCCUCCCCGCCCUUAUUCUCCUGCCAGUGGCCCUCGCGCUCAAUCUCCGGGCCCUAAUGGAAGUCAGCCUCCGGCCCAAAUACGUCCUCAAUCGCCUGCCCAGGCUCCUCCACAAUCACCAGCGGGUUAUGUCAAGCAAGUUUACCGUCCGGCCACCCCGACCCAGCAGGCUCAGCUUAGGAUUAUUCCAGCAGGCCCGUUUCAGCGCCCUCAAUCUCCUGUCACUCAGUCCCCAAUCGCCCAGUCCCCUGUUGCUCAAUCUCCGUUGAGUCAAAACUCGCCUGUUGCUCUUAGAGCUGGGCCUCCUCAGAUCACUGUUACUACCACGGCUCCUGUCGUCUCUGAGGCUGCACCGUCCACACCGGUUUCCCCUGUUCAAAGGCCCCAGAGUCCUUCUGGACCACAACCCCGUCCCGCCAUAGCCCCAGUGCGCCCCUCUCCCUUGUCAAACGAGCAGACUAGCAAUCGCGGGCCAGAGCAUGCACAGCCAGUCUUCCACGCCAUGUGAAUUGGCUCUGGCCAGCUGGCAUCCUUGGAUAGGUAGAAGAAAAACUUGUUCCUAAAAGGUUCGAAAAAAAAAAACAUGGUGUAUCAGCCAUAUGACUGUUUCUUGGAAAUGAUCUAUUAGGGGAGAACCAGUUGUGGGGAGGGAGAGGAAAGGUUUUACAUGUCUUGAUGUGUGUGCUUUUUGUCGUCCCUCCUCGUUGUCUCUGAUUGGGGAACCCCGAGCAAUUGGUGUUCGGUCGGUGGCACUCUCGCUUUUGUGGACUUUUUCUCUUUAUUUUCUCUUGUCUUCUUCGCGUCUUGACGUGUGCGGACUACUUGUAGUCUGCUCUUUAUGUGCAGCUGGUUAGCAGUAGCAGUGAUUCGUGCCUGGGGUAGGAGUGGAGGGGGUAGGAAUCAAAUCAAUACCCUGGAGUGGGAAUGUACCAUAUAUCAUCUCCUAUUUCUACUUCACCUUCAUUUUUGCUUCCUUACUACUACUAUUGCGAAUGCCUUUCAAUAUACCAAACACCCAAAACGCUCAUAUAACAACCCCCUUCAAUUCUUCGAUUCUUGUACUUUUUUAUUUUUAUUUUUAUUCUAUUUAUUUAUUUCUUCUUUCACUUUACUCACUUCCACCACGGCUGGAUGGAUGGAAUGUGUGUGCCGAACGGCGGAAAUGUGGAUGGUAUGCGGAAUGGGAUUUUAAACUUUAUUAAUGGAUGGGGUCUGGAUUGGGAAUUGAUUCUAUUGAUUGGUAUUUUUUUUUUCCUUUUCUCCUUUUUUCCCUGUGGUUUCAUACUCUCUCUUUUUGCCCUCGAGUUUUGUAUAGCCAUGGUUGGUUGGCAGUGGGUAGGGUGGGAAAAGUCGGUUGGUUUGGUCACUGAAGGAAUGUAAGGGAUGGAUUGAUUGAUUGAUUUGAUUGACUGAUUGACUGAUAGGGGGGCAGAGGGGGGGGGUAAAGCAAGGUGGGAUGGGUGCGGAUUGUAACUAUCACAAGUGGGAUGUAUCAGAUGUGAAUAGUCUACCGGU